GCACUUUAUUUAGUUGAUACCAAACAGGCUAGCGAUCGAAUUCGAAGGGAGACCAGACCCCCAACAAGUGUUCCACGCCACGCCACUUCCAUCUCCAUUUCCAUGUGAAAUCAAUCUUUUUUAACGCACCCACGGCCCGAAACCCUAAACCCCUUUCGAUCCCACCCAAUUAAUUGCUUCAUUUUGACGUUUGGAUUUUGCAGUAUCUUAUUGUUUCACUGCCCCAGUUGAAUGAAUCAAUUAAUACUUUAAUUUUGUAAUACAAGAAGAUUUCCGAAAGCAUUCUUAUUUCUUGGUGAAACUUGGGAGCUACACCGGGGAAACAAUGGACGAUGCAUACGCUCGAUCUGUUAGUGAGGUUUUGGAAUUCUUUGCCGUGGAUCCAACAAAAGGCUUGACGGAUUCCCAGGUCGUGCAGCAUUGUAGAUUAUAUGGAAAAAAUGUGCUGCCCCAAGAACAAAGCACUCCUUUUUGGAAAUUGGUGCUGAAGCAGUUUGACGAUUUACUUGUGAGAAUAUUGAUUGCAGCAGCCGUAGUGUCCUUCUUUUUAGCGUUGGCAAACGGAGAGACAGGAUUAUCUGCCUUCUUGGAGCCUUCAGUCAUCCUCAUGAUAUUGGCCGCAAAUGCAGCUGUUGGAGUCAUCACGGAAACAAAUGCUGAAAAGGCCCUUGAGGAGCUGCGAGCAUAUCAAGCUGAAGUGGCUACUGUCUUGAGAAAUGGCUGUUUCUCAAUCUUACCGGCAACUGACCUUGUCCCUGGAGAUAUUGUUGAAGUUUGUGUGGGGUGCAAGAUUCCAGCAGAUAUGAGAAUGAUAGAGUUGCUGAGUGAUCAGUUGCGGGUUGAUCAAGCCAUUCUUACAGGUGAGAGUGCUUCUGUGGAAAAGGAACUGGAUGCCACCAAUGUGACUAAUGCAGUAUAUCAAGACAAGACAAACAUUCUUUUCUCGGGAACAGUUGUAGUAGCUGGGAGAGCAAGAGCGGUUGUAACUGGUGUUGGUUCUAACACUGCAAUGGGAAGCAUACGCGACUCCAUGCUGCAAACCGAAGAUGAAGUGACACCACUAAAGAAGAAGUUAGAUGAAUUUGGUACCUUCUUGGCUAAGGUUAUUGCAGGAAUAUGUGUUUUGGUUUGGAUUGUUAACAUUGGUCAUUUCCGGGAUCCCGCCCACGGUGGCUUCCUUCGCGGGGCAAUCCAUUACUUCAAGAUUGCAGUUGCUCUUGCUGUUGCAGCCAUUCCGGAGGGACUACCUGCUGUUGUUACAACGUGCUUAGCUCUUGGUACCAAACGCAUGGCUCGUUUAAAUGCGAUAGUUAGGUCAUUGCCAUCGGUAGAGACCUUAGGCUGCACAACAGUAAUUUGCAGCGAUAAGACGGGUACACUGACUACCAAUAUGAUGUCUGUAUCAAAGGUAUCAGUUCUUCAUUCUGCAUAUGACUCUCCUGUUGUAGCUGAUUAUAGCGUAAGCGGCACAACAUAUGCGCCAGAAGGUGCCCUCUUUGACAGCAGUACAGAGAUGCAGCUUGAGGUUCCGGCCCAUCUUCAUUGUCUUCUACAUACCGCAAUGUGCUCUGCACUGUGUAAUGAAUCUGUUCUUCAAUACAACCCAGAUAAGAAAAGUUAUGAAAAGAUUGGUGAAUCAACUGAAGUUGCACUUCGAGUACUUGCUGAAAAGAUUGGGCUUCCUGGUUUUGAUUCUAUGCCUUCAGCUCUUACUAUGCUACCCAAACAUGAACGGGCAUCAUAUUGCAAUCAUUAUUGGGAGAAUCAAUUCAAAAAGGUCUCUGUUUUGGAAUUCUCUCGUGAUAGAAAAAUGAUGAGUGUCCUCUGUAGCCGGAAGCAGGCACAAAUCAUGUUCUCAAAAGGUGCUCCAGAGAGUAUUGUUUCUAGAUGCUCAAAUAUCAUGUGCAACAAUGAUGGUUCAACAAUUCGGUUAACAGCAGACAUUAGGUCUGAGAUAGAGUCAAAAUUCCGAAGUUUUGCCGGAAAAGAAACCUUAAGAUGCUUGGCUCUAGCAUUGAAAAGGAUGCCACCUGAUCAACAAACUUUGUCCUUUGAUGAUGAGAAAGACCUUACAUUUAUUGGGUUGGUCGGUAUGCUUGAUCCACCAAGGGAGGAAGUAAGAAAUGCUAUUCUUUCUUGUAUGACGGCUGGAAUACGUGUAAUAGUUGUCACUGGAGAUAACAAGGCUACAGCUGAAUCAUUGUGCCAAAGAAUUGGUGCCUUUGAUCUCUCGGAUGAUUUUUCUGGGCUUUCGUAUACUGCUUCUGAGUUUGAGAAUCUUCCAGCAUUGCAGAAGACAGUGGCACUGCAGCGGAUGACUAUCUUCACCAGGGUUGAACCAUCUCACAAGAGGAUGCUUGUUGAAGCAUUGCAGCAUCAAAAUGAAGUGGUUGCUAUGACUGGAGAUGGUGUUAAUGAUGCACCUGCCCUGAAGAAAGCUGAUAUUGGAAUAGCUAUGGGAUCUGGAACUGCAGUAGCAAAGAGUGCUUCCGAUAUGGUUUUGGCAGAUGACAACUUUGCCACAAUUGUUGCAGCUGUCGCAGAGGGGCGGGCUAUUUACAAUAACACAAAGCAGUUCAUCAGAUACAUGAUUUCAUCAAAUAUUGGUGAAGUAGUAUGCAUUUUCGUGGCUGCUUUGCUUGGCAUUCCUGACACUCUUGUGCCUGUCCAGCUGCUCUGGGUGAAUUUAGUAACUGAUGGCUUGCCAGCAACCGCGAUUGGGUUCAAUAAACAAGACAGUGAUGUUAUGAGGGCCAAACCUCGCAAGGUCAAUGAAGCUGUGGUCACUGGAUGGCUGUUCUUCCGUUAUUUAAUUAUCGGAGUUUAUGUUGGGCUUGCUACUAUUGCUGGAUUUGUGUGGUGGUUUCUCUACUCAGAUAAUGGACCUAAAUUACCGUACACUGAGCUGAUGAAUUUUGACAGUUGCCCAACAAGGGCAACAGAUUAUAGCUGCACUGUAUUCAGUGAUCGACAUCCUUCGACAGUUUCAAUGACCGUCCUAGUCGUUGUUGAGAUGUUCAAUGCGUUAAACAACCUCAGUGAAAAUCAAUCCCUCAUAGUGAUCCCCCCUUGGAGUAAUUUAUGGCUUCUUGGAUCAAUUGCACUUACAAUGCUGCUUCAUGUACUCAUCCUCUACGUGGAACCGCUUUCUAUUCUUUUCUCCGUGGCACCACUGAGUUGGGCUGAAUGGACUGUUGUCUUGUAUCUCUCUUUCCCUGUGAUUGUAAUUGAUGAGAUAAUGAAGUUCUUUUCAAGAAGAUCCAUAGGUGGUAGGUUUAAUUUCAGAUUCAGGAGAGUCGAUCUACUUCCAAAAAGUGAAGCCCACGAAAAGUGAUGAAGAUACAUUCCACCCCUCAAAAUUUCUCGGCGCAAUACAGCUGCUAUUUCAGGUAACAUUAUAGCUCCCUCCUCUUAAGUUUUUGUGGAAUGAAAUUCAGAAGGAUUUUGGCUUGAGAUUGACAUCGAUGGUGACACUGAUUGCUGAUGUCUGUUUAAGUUUAGUUAGCCAUAUGGAUUUUGUCCUGAGAUUUUGUAAUUUACUGAAACAGAAAACAUGAAAGGGGGAAAAUGUCGGAUUUAUGAAAAUCUUUUCUUGUCUGCUUCA